AUGAUAAACCAGAGAAUAUCGAGAAGAAGUCAAUCAACUGAAAUGGGAUUUUCAAAACUAAAUACACGAAAAAUAGGUCGAAUGUAUACAAGUCCUUCUCUCGACAGACUUAAUGCUUCAUUUGAGAGUCCAAGAAAUCCAUUGCUUAUCCGACAGAGGAGUAUAUAUGACUUAAGCUCUUCCGAUACAUCUGACAGAUAUCGUAUGUCUUCAGCAGUAAGUCAACGAAAUUUAAAUCUUCAAAGAUUGAGACCAACAGUUUGGAGAGAAUCGAUAUCAUAUAAUGAGUCGAUUCCGAGAACCACUACUCUAUAUAAUGGCUCUAAUUAUUUAAAUCAUUCAAGAAAUACACAAAGAAUGACUGAUCCGAUAUCUGUUUUGGACAGAAGGGAUAACUUAAUGACACAAUUAAAUUCAAUGUCUUCCACAACAAUCAAUCGGAGACCUAUAUGUCAUGUAAGUAAUAAAUCUGGUUUAAUGUCAUCCAAACAUCACUGGCCGAUCAUAACUGUUGAUUCUCACAAUACAUGGAGAGCUCGUUUGCGUGAAAGACCUCUGUUAUCGAAACUUUCGGUAAAAAUCUGCUCCAAAACAAAACCACUGAUUUCCAACAAAACCAGUUCAAACACCAGUUCGAGGACAUCGUCGACAAACUCGUCGAUAAAAUUAAAUCAAAGCGAUGUAAAAGAGGGUUCAUGUGGUAUAUAUAGAAACCGUCAUAUCAUUAAAUUCAGGGAAAGGGAUCAUAAUUUAGGACAAACUGCAACUGAAAGAAGAGCAUCAAUUUCAUGGGAAUUAUCCAAAAAUCAAACUGAUCCAAAUCUACAAAAAACAAAAAACGAAGAAACUAUUAAUGAGUUAAAAAGCAUCACAAAUGAGCACUUAAUAGACAGGACUGAUGUCAAUGAGUUUCAGACAAAAGAUAAUAACAGUCAGUUUGUAACCGAUAUUAUUGCCAUUCAAACGGCUGUCGCAAUGCCUGAGCCAAGUGGAGCACCCAUUGCUCUCUUACAUCAAAAACCAACUUCUCUUAAACUAAAGACUCCAUUAAUUGAUCCGACAAUUAAUACUAAUGAAAAUAUCACCGAUAAAACAAAAUCACCAAAAAAGAAAAAAGUUAAGAAGAAAGAUGUUUCGAAAGAGAAAUCUAAAAUUGAAAAGAAACAAGAAGUACAACAACAGGAAAAUGAAAUGCAAAAUGUGAUAAAAGUGUUGCCACAAAAAGAUUUAAUAAAUGAAAAGAUUGGUUACAAAGUUGAACCUAAAGAUGUCAAACAAAAUAUUCUUAACGAAGUAGAUCUUAAUCAUAAUAAAAAUAAAGCAAAAGUUGAAUCAUUAGUUCCAAAACGGAUAAGAUUUAAGAAAUACACUUUUGAAGACUUUCAUCUGAUUAAAGUUCUCGGUAGAGGUAGCUUUGGAAAGGUAUUGUUAGCUGAAUUAAAAGAUCAUUCAAUAUAUUUUGCAAUCAAAUGUCUGAAAAAAUAUUCAGUCAUUGAAGACGACGAUAUCGAUAGUAUUAUGAUUGAGAGGAAAGUAUUGGCGUAUGGAAGUAGUCAUCCAUUUAUAUGCAAAUUAUUUUGCACUUUUCAGACUCAGAGUUAUUUGUGUUUUGCUAUGGAGUGGUGUUGUGGUGGAGAUCUCAUGUUUCACGUUCAAAAAAGUGGUAAAUUUGAUGAAAAUAAAGCCAGAUUUUAUGCUUCAGAAAUUCUAUGUGCCGUUGAGUUUAUGCAUUCAAAAGGAAUUAUAUAUAGAGAUCUUAAAUUAGACAAUAUUAUGAUCGAUCAUAAGGGUCAUAUAAGACUUGUUGAUUUUGGUAUGUGUCAGGGUAAGAUAUAUCGUGAAGAUCUUCUUCCGUGCAAUUUUUGUGGAACUCCUGAAUAUAUGGCCCCAGAAAUUAUAAAAGGAGUUAAAUAUAACCAAUCGGUUGAUUUCUGGUCUUUUGGUGUAUUAUUAUAUGAGAUGGUUGUCGGCACUUCUCCUUUUCAUGGCACCGAUGAGGACGAACUACUAUGGAAUGUCUGUAAUGAAGAAAUCUUUUAUCCGUUAUAUUUAAGUCAAAAUAUUAAAAAAAUAUUAGUUUUGUUAUUAAAUAAAAUUCCUGAGAAACGUUUGGGAAUGCCUACAAGUGGUUUGGAUUCAAUUAGAAGUCAACCAUUUUUUCAAGGAAUUGAAUGGCUUUUAGUGGAAAAAUGUCAAUUAAAGCCUCCAUUUAUUCCCAAUACAAAUUCAGCCAUUGAUGUCUCGUACUUUGAUUUGUAUUUUACUAAAGAGGAACCAACUCUAACACCUAUUAGUGAACAAAUUACACAAUCAAUUGAUCAAACAUUGUUUAAAGGUUUUAGUUAUACAAAUCAUAAAAUGACUGAUUGA